AUGGCCGAAGAGAAGCUGAAAUUGGAUUCAAGCGAUUUUACUGCGCACAAUCAGUCGAAUGUUUACAAUGUUGAUUUAGAGAAGGGUCUUUGUUUGGAUACACAACAGGACAUCAACAAAUCGUCCUAUUCAACUUCCUUGAAAUGCAACAAUAGAAAGAAAACGAUCAUGAAUGAAUCACAAAACUUCAUCGCCUUGAUAAAGAAAUAUCAUGAGGAAAUUUUAAAACAACUUUCCCUUCGCUUUCCUGAUAAUGUUGUCAUUAAAGAUCGAAACUGCCAUCUAACAGUAAUAUUAUUUUAUUCAUUGAUGUGUACAUUAGCAAUUUCAAACAGUUUCGAACUUCUUUCUUGGCUGGAAUACAGUUGGACCCUUCUUGGACCUUUGCUUAUGAUAUGGGCAACCUUGUAUGCUCUAUUUUAUUUCCUUUCUUCACUCGCUGUCGUAGUAGUAAGAACUGCUGCACAGGUUAUAAUGUACAUACUUAUAAUCGGAGGUGCUUUCAUUGGUGCUCUAAUUAUAGGUGUUGGUGCUUUGAUUGGAGCUGCUGGAGUUUUUCUCAUUGGUCUUUUGUGCUGGGGAUUUUAUAACAUUCUUGUUUUUUGCCUUGGAAUGGAAUUUGAGUGCUCAGCUGAAAACACUGGCUCGUCUACUCUUCCUAGAUAUUUAGCAAAAGGAUGA